CAUUCUUUUUCUCGCAAUAUUUUUCAGUAUCUAGCUUUUUUCUUUACAUAGUAAAAUCUCCUUCAUCUGUAAUUGUUCUACAUGUUGUACGAUUUUAUUAGCUUAUAAGAUUUACCAUUAAUUUUGUUUCUUAACCAGAAAAAACAUGAGUGAUCCGGCACAACCUUUAGAGUCAGAGCCAGUGAGAAACAUAGUUCUUGUAGGGCCUACCGGAAACGGGAAAAGCUCCACCGGAAACUCUCUCAUCGGAAAAGAAGUGUUCGUCUCGGAAACGGAAUGUAAGACAUGUAAAGCUAAGACACUAGAUGGCCUGAUAAUCAAUGUGAUUGACACUCCUGGUCUCUUCGAUUUGUCCGUGUCUACGGAUUAUAUGAACAAGGAGAUCAGCAAUUUCCUUACGCUCACGGAAGGAGGAUUACAUGCUGUGGUGUUAGUGCUAGCGGUGGGGACUGACAUUUUAAAAGAGGAAGAGGCCGCACUUAACAAGUUACAGCUCCUUUUUGGCAGUAAAAUUGUUGACUAUUUGGUCGUUCUCUUCACUUGUGGUGAUGUGUUGGAAAAGGAAAACAAGACACUUGACGACUAUUUGUCCAGAGGCUGCCCUGAAUAUUUGAAGACAGUUCUUAGAUUGUGUGGUGGAAGGAGGGUCUUGUUUAAUAACAAGACUACGGAUGAAGUCAAGAAGAUCGAGCAAGUUAAACAGCUCCUUGCCCAUGUCGAAGCCAUUGAAAAGCUCAACGGUGGGAAAGCGUUGUUUACUGAAGAAAAUGAUCUAAAUGUAAAGAGACAAGGUGAGAUGCUUAUGGAACAGCAAAAGGAGGUACAAUCUAAGAAGCCUGAGAAAACAGAGGUAGAAGAGAUGAAGAAGCAGUUAGAAAUAUCAUAUGGCCAACAAAUGAACAUGAUGGCACAGAUGGUGGAGGACACGCUAAAGGAGUCAUCGGCCUCACAUGAGAGAAUGUUACUAGCACUGAGAGAGAAAGUUGAGAGAUCAUACUUAGAAAAUGAAGACAUGCAUAAUGAGACCAAAAUAGUAUGUAACAUCCUGUGAUCGGUUUUCUAAAGCCUAGACGUUGCCAAAUAAAGAUCGGUAAACACA